GAGUAUGUAGUGUAAGGCAUUACGAUAUUGCUAAAGCAAUUCUUCCAACAUGUAUUCCUUGGUGACACUUCUUAGCUUGGCUGCCGCCAUCUUUGCUAUUGGAAAUGGCAGAACAAUCCGCAAUAUAACCUUCGAGGAAAAUGAGAUGAAAAGACUGGCCUUACAAAAUCCUGAUCUGUAUGAUGGAGACAUGGCUGGAAUUGAUGGCCCAUUUGAUAUCGAACGUAAUGUUAUUCCUGGACAAUUCUACAGGUGGCCUAAUGCUCGUGUCCCCUACGUUAUUGACAGGUCUCUGCAAGGUCAGAGCAACAUGUUCAAUGCUGCCUUCCAAAACUACCAACAGAGCACGUGUGUACGCUUUGUGCCAAGGAGUAACGAAAGAGAUUACAUCUACAUAUUCCCUGGACAAGGUUGUUACUCUCACGUUGGUAAGACAGGCGGCCAGCAACCUCUGUCUUUGGGACAAGGAUGUCUGUUCGUGGGAACAGUUAUUCAUGAACUGGGUCAUGCACUUGGAUUCUACCACGAGCAGAACAGAUCAGAUAGAGACGAUUAUCUGAUUAUUUACCUUGAUAACGUUGUGCGAGGUAUGGAAUCCAAUUUUGCUAAGCUGGCUCCCCACCAAAAUAUCCUUUUUACAUCCUUCGACUACAAUUCCAUCAUGAUCUAUGGCAAUAAAGCAUUCUCCAGGAAUGGCAUGGCUACCAUGGAAGCCAAGACUGGCCAGAAGUUAUCCGACCCUUACGAUAAGAACAGUAUGUCCAGGUCUGACAUUGAACGGGUGAAGAAAAUGUACGGAUGUUGAUUCCUCAGUCAUAUUACUAUGCAGUCUACAUUACUAUGCAAUAUUUGUUUUUCUCUUUAAUAUGCUCCCAAUAAAGUAGUUUACGGAAA